AAGGCCGAGACUGAAGGAGCGAGAGGCGGCCGAGGGGCUGGUCCAGGCACGGCCGCUAAGAGGAGACCAAGAGGCGGGGGCUGCACUUGACAACCAGCAUGCCGAGAUGAUCAACAAAAGGAAUUCUUGGGUCCUAGAGACCAAAGAAAGAAUCAGCAGGAGUGCCCAGGGUGAAUUGAUGGAUUGGAGAGCCUGGCUGUCAGAAGAGGCAGAAGUGGAUGUGAGAGAAAGAGAGACACAGAGAGACAGAGAGCCAAAGAGGGCAAGAGACUUGACUUUAAGAGACUCCUGUACUGACAACUCCAUGCAGUUCGGAACCAGAACGACUGCGGCUGAACCAGGGUUCAUGGGGACAUGGCAAAACGCUGAUACUAACCUUUUAUUCAGAAUGUCCCAACAGGUUCCAGUGGCAUGUGCUGGCAGAGUGCUGGGUGCAGACUUCUGCCCAAACCUGGAGGAGCCAGACCAGAGGCUGGAAGUCCAGGCCAUCCGUUGCACACUGGUAAACUGCACGUGUGAAUGUUUUCAGCCGGGGAAGAUUAACCUGAGGACUUGCGAUCAGUGUAAACAUGGCUGGGUGGCACAUGCCUUGGAUAAGCUCAGCACCCAGCACCUGUACCACCCCACGCAAGUGGAGAUUGUGCAGUCCAACGUAGUGUUUGACAUCAGCAGCCUGAUGCUCUAUGGGACACAAGCGGUGCCUGUGCGGCUAAAGAUCCUGCUGGACCGUCUCUUCAGUGUCCUGAAGCAAGAGGAGGUGCUGCACAUCCUGCACGGCCUGGGCUGGACUCUGCGGGACUAUGUUCGAGGGUACAUCCUUCAGGAUGCUGCCGGCAAGGUGCUGGACCGCUGGGCCAUCAUGUCUCGAGAAGAGGAAAUCAUCACCCUUCAGCAGUUUCUGCGGUUUGGAGAAACCAAAUCCAUUGUAGAGCUGAUGGCAAUUCAGGAGAAGGAAGGGCAGGCCGUGGCUGUACCAUCUUCAAAGACAGAUUCAGACAUAAGGACUUUCAUUGAGAGCAAUAAUCGCACCAGGAGUCCCAGCCUCCUUGCUCACCUAGAGAACAGCAACCCUUCCAGCAUUCAUCACUUCGAAAACAUCCCCAACAGCCUUGCAUUUCUGCUUCCAUUCCAGUACAUAAACCCAGUCUCAGCUCCGCUGCUAGGGUUGCCACCAAAUGGGCUACUGUUAGAGCAGCCAGGACUGAGGCUGCGGGAACCAAGCCUGUCAACCCAGAAUGAAUAUAAUGAGAGCAGCGAAUCUGAAGUAUCUCCUACACCUUAUAAGAAUGAUCAGACUCCCAGUAGAAACGCCUUGACCAGCAUUACUAACGUGGAGCCCAAAACUGAGCCACCCUGCGUAUCCCCCAUUCAGAAUUCUGCCCCAGUCAGUGAUCUGACCAAAACUGAACACCCAAAAAGUUCAUUCCGGAUUCAUCGGAUGAGAAGAAUGGGGUCAGCCUCUAGGAAAGGAAGAGUGUUCUGUAAUGCAUGUGGGAAGACAUUCUAUGAUAAAGGUACUCUCAAAAUUCAUUAUAAUGCUGUUCACCUGAAGAUCAAACAUCGAUGCACCAUCGAAGGUUGCAACAUGGUCUUUAGCUCCCUCCGAAGCCGUAAUCGCCACAGCGCAAACCCCAACCCCCGCCUUCACAUGCCUAUGCUGAGGAAUAACCGAGACAAAGAUUUAAUUCGGGCCACGUCAGGAGCUGCCACCCCCGUCAUAGCAAGUACAAAAUCAAAUCUCACACUCACCAGCCCUGGCCGUCCCCCAAUGGGUUUUACCACUCCCCCACUAGAUCCUGUUUUACAGAGUCCUCUGCCUAGCCAGCUGGUAUUUUCUGGGCUAAAGACUGUCCAACCAGUUCCUCCAUUUUACAGAAGUUUACUCACUCCAGGAGAAAUGGUGAGCCCUCCCACCUCCAUUCCAACCAGUCCCAUCAUUCCAUCCAGUGGUACCAUAGAGCAGCACCCACCACCACCCUCUGAGCCAGCAGCACCAGUAGUGAUGAUGGCCACUCAUGAGCCCAGUGUUGACCUGGCCCCCAAGAAGAAGCCCAGGAAGUCCAGCAUGCCUGUGAAGAUUGAAAAAGAAAUUAUUGAUACUGCUGAUGAGUUUGACGAUGAAGAUGAUGACCCAAAUGAUGCUGGAGCUGUGGUAAAUGACGUGAGCCACGACAAUCAUUGCCACUCCCAAGAGGAGAUGAGUCCAGGCAUGUCAGUGAAGGACUUUUCUAAGCAUAGCAGGUCCCGGUGUAUUUCAAGGACUGAAAUAAGAAGGGCUGACAGCAUGACUUCUGAGGAUCAAGAACCUGAGCGGGAUUAUGAGAACGAGUCUGAGUCUUCAGAGCCCAAACUAGGUGAGGAGUCCAUGGAGGGGGAUGAGCACAUUCACAGUGAAGUGAGUGAGAAAGUCCUGAUGAACAGUGAGAGGCCUGACGAGAACCACAGUGAGCCCUCUCACCAGGACAUCAUCAAGGUGAAGGAAGAAUUCACAGAUCCCACUUACGACAUGUUUUACAUGAGCCAGUAUGGACUGUACAAUGGUGGGGGAGCCAGCAUGGCUGCCCUGCACGAAAGUUUUACAUCGUCUCUGAAUUACGGCAGCCCUCAAAAGUUCUCCCCAGAAGGUGACCUGUGUUCUAGCCCUGACCCCAAAAUCUGUUAUGUGUGCAAGAAGAGUUUCAAAAGCUCCUACAGUGUGAAGCUUCACUAUAGGAACGUUCACUUAAAAGAGAUGCAUGUCUGCACAGUGGCUGGCUGCAACGCUGCCUUCCCCUCUCGCCGAAGCCGAGACAGAAACAGAAACUUACGGAUGGAAAGAACCGUAGGUCCAGGACAUCGAGACAGCCUGCAUCUCCGUAGACACAGUGCCAACAUAAAUCUGCAUCGUAAACUGUUGACCAAAGAACUCGAUGACAUGGGCCUGGACUCAUCGUCGCAGCCCUCCCUUAGCAAGGACCUCCGGGAUGAAUUUUUGAUGAAGAUCUAUGGAGCCCACCACCCCAUGGGGCUCGACAUCAGGGAAGAUGCCUCCUCUCCCGCAGGGACGGAAGACUCCCACCUGAACGGGUAUGGGAGAGGCAUGGCGGAGGACUACAUGGUCCUUGACCUGAGCACCACCUCCAGCCUCCAGUCCAGCAGCAGCAUCCAUUCCUCCAGAGAAUCCGACGCAGGCAGCGACGAGGGGAUUCUUCUCGACGACAUUGACGGGGCGAGUGACAGUGGGGAGUCGGCGCACAAGGCCGAGGCCCCUGCCCUCCCUGGCAGCCUAGGGGCUGAAGUUUCAGGAUCUCUGAUGUUCAACAGUUUGUCCGGGAGCAAUGGUGGGAUUAUGUGCAACAUUUGCCACAAAAUGUACAGCAACAAGGGGACCCUGAGAGUGCACUACAAAACUGUGCAUUUGCGAGAAAUGCACAAGUGCAAAGUCCCUGGUUGCAAUAUGAUGUUUUCCUCUGUGCGAAGCCGAAAUCGGCACAGUCAGAACCCUAAUCUCCACAAAAACAUUCCCUUCACUUCAGUAGAUUAGUCUCAGAACGGACACUACAAAUGCCAGCUCUCACCAGACGGCCUACAUAUUUGAACUGCCACAGUCAGUGUGUGCUUGUGUAUUUCAGUGUGUGUGUGUAUACACAUGUAUGCCUCUCCAUUCAUACACACACACACCUAUUUUCUUUUCUUUAGAUAUAAAAAGAUAAACACUAAGUGCUUUUGAAACUUUUUUUUCCUUUAUAGUUUUGGAAAAGGUGGGAGGGAUCUUUCAUUCAGGGGUGAAAACUAAGUACCCUUUAAAUACACAUACACACACACACACACACACACACACACACACACAUAAAGCGUUCAAGUAGCCCAAAUUUUGACAAUAAUAAUUCCUGGUCCUCUCCAAAGAGACAGUUUGUACCCAUGACUGUUGCCUGCAAAUAAAAUAAAAGGGAAAAAAAGAAAAAAAGAAACAAGGAACUUCUGAAUAGGUGUCUUUUGUGAAUUUGAAGGUUUUGAGAGAAUCUUCAACUAAAGCAUGGCAGAUUCACCUGUAAAUAUUUAGCCUUGAGAGGCCAAUGAUGUAAAACAAUUGUAUUGAUGUUGUUUAACUCUUUUGUUUAAUUUUUACAGUUACAUCCCGCUGUUAGAUAUGCAGGAAAAAAUAGUUUGCUGGCUAGCUCUAUUCAUUUAUGUUAGCAUUAAUGCACAUUUAAAAAAAAAACAUGGUCUUGUUUUUACUACCUGCUAGAUAUAGUGAUGAAGAGGUGCUGGCAUGCUUUUCAGCACAGAUCUGAUUUUUUUAAAUGUCCUGUACUAGUACAUAAAUCCAGUCAUGCACUUUUUUUCAUACACUACAAGGGGAUGUGUAAUAUCCAUGCUUCUUUUUAUCCUUAAACUAUUGCCAUACUUCAAAUAAGUGUCUUUUAAAAAAAUUCACUUGUAUAAAAAUGGUCUGGUCAGUAUAGGGCACAAAUGCCAAACAAAAGUAUUAGUGUUAACACAAAACUGCCAACUUUGCACAAGUUUCCAGAAAAGAAAAUACAAUUAGUCACUCAACAUAACCACAGGCCAAUUUGUCGGCCACCAGAAAACCGCUUAAAAAAAAACACUUGGUGAUUCUUUCAAGUGCCGAAUGUUAUUAGAAUCAACAUUGCAUCCUUCUUGCUUAUAUGUUAAGUUACAUAAAAGGAAAACAAAAUUAUGUGGUGUGAAACAGCCAAGGCAUUUAUUCUUUAGAGGCAGGAUAAUAUUUCAGGAUACAAAAGCCCAAAUUACUCACUGUGGAACAAAGCUGCAUACAGCAGAAGGGUUGAACACAUUUCCAAGGACCUAACCCUUAUCCUUUAAAAAGAAAAAAGUCCAAACUGGGCUGGUCUGUUGUGUGGCUGUCUAAUCUGAUGCAAGUUCUUCAGCAGCAGUGUGAUUCAGCCCGUUUGAUAGACAAAAUCGAAAGACAUUUAACAGCAGCCAUACUUUGAAGCUUUGAAAACACGUGCUGAACUUGAAUUGAGCAACACUCCUUUCUGAAAAGCCAGAAGAACAGGGGUUUAAAACAGGAUCUCUCACUGUUUAGUGUUCUGCGCUUCCCCCACAUUAUUUGUCAGAAAAAAAUGAAAGCAAGCCUAAAACCAAGCAAUUGAGAGUGAGAAGGGGGAAGGUGGGGAGAUGAUUCUCCAAAGCUUUUUUGUUUUGUUUUGUUUUGUUUUGUUUCCGAUGUUUACACAUGUUGCCUGAGCUGGUUAACCACAUCGGCAGCCUCAGCUACCACAACAUACUGACUAAAUGAUGAUAUUUACUCAAGUUCAGUCGGCAGCCAAAACCAUUAGGGUAUGCAGUGCAGACUGUGUUGUGUUGUUUUGUUUUUUUUUAAGUGAAGGGGGGAGAGAUAAACAAGGAAUAUGUUGUCAAACAGUACACAGUAAUUUCAAGAGAAUGUAUUUCUUUCUUGAAUUUAAUGGCCUCAAACAUUUCUCAUUAGUCUAAAAGAAAUACCCCCUUUGUUUUAACUUUUCAUGUCAUUUCCAUUUUUCAUAUGUUUUGUAAUUAUUUUUUUCUGUGUUCACAUCAGCAUUCACUUCCGUUAAAUUUGCCAAAGGAAACUGUUAAUAUGUUUCUGUUGUUAUUAUUCCUGUAGGAUUUAUUGUACCUCACAGUAUUUAUUGUUUCCAAAAAAAGAAGCAUCAAUAGUUGAGAAUUCAGUAUUUUUAUUUGUGAAAAGUUCAGAAACAAUAGAUUCUUAAAGAUAAGCUAGAUGUGUCUAUGAGCUUUAUCUUUUCAUCUCCUUUAGAGAAUGCUAUGUGGUUCCUUUAAUUCAUCACCUGUUCUACCGUGAGGAAAGACCAAAAUUACUUGCAGUACAAAAGAAAUCUUAUUAAACACUAUAUCUCUUAAAUGACAAAUGUUUACGGUAAAAAGCUGAGGAAUUAGUAAUAACCAUUUUUGUUUUCUUGUACCUUUGAAUUUCCCAAAGUCUUAAUUACUUUAUUUUCAUGUUGUGUUAAAUUGAAUAGACAGAGAUGUUUUCUUUUGUUUUAUACCAUAUAAGACUCUGUACAGUAUGUUUGUGAAAGAUUGAACUAGAAUAAUGAAAGUUUGUUUGCAAACAUUUUGGUCCUCUUAGCGUUCUCUCUGUUGCGCUGUUGCCCCAUUAUCAGAUGGUUCAGUUCAAAAAGGGUGGGGAAGAUACUGUGUCCCAACAAAAGAUUAUAGAAACACUAGCUUUUGGAGUGAGCAUAGAGAGAAUUAUACCCAGAUUUAUGAAAUAACACACUUUUAUUUUAGCAACUUUAAAAAUUACACUCUUGGUUGAGAUAUGUGAACUCAUCUUGUACAAAAUCAAUGUUUGGUCUGUUUAAUUUAAUGUCAACUAAAAGGUCAGAUAGCCCUGGUGAGUGAAUUACAUAGCUGUCAGCAGGUCACAUCAGCAGAUGAACCGGGCUCAGAGCUCAUGUUUGUUACUUGCCACACACUGGGCUAAUGUGGAUAGCCAGUUACAAGACCAGAACCGGUGAGAUUCUCAAAGUGGUAUUUUUCUUGCUCAGAAACAUAAAAGUGCAGCUGCAUUUUGUCAGAGAAAUGGCAAUGGCAAUGAGUCCUGGAAAUUCACCCUGUCUAAGUAUCUUCUCUCCUACUUGCUACCUGUGCCUCCAGCGCCCAAAUGUAAUGGUGGCCUUCUGAAGGGGUGAAUAUUUUCCAGUGCGAAACCUGUUUGCUUAAUAGGAGUGGGGGGUGCGGGUAGAAGUGGUACAUGACAGGUACAGUCGUGAAAUGUGCAAUGCCUUUAGUCCCAAAGUGUUGCUUGUUCUUGGGUGUGUGCCUGAGUGCAGUGUGGAAAUGACAAGUCUGGUCACGAUGGUGAUCCCAAGGUUUGUUUGCAAACAGGAAGCAGUAAGAGACCAGCAUUUCCAUCACUGAGCCCUUUCUCUUGCUCAUUCCUACGCAUUUGUUUUCUCACACAGAUUCCUAUUGUGAGAUAGUUUCUCUCUGGCUGCAUCUCUUCUAUAUUGGCUGAAAAUUAAUGGUGAUGCUGACUUUCCUCUAAGCAGCUUUCCCCCAUUUCAUUGGUCUUAAUCAGAGUUGUGUCCCAGGUACAAAGUUAGGUAGUGUUAUUGAUGUGCAUGUUUUGUAGGCGAUGUUAAAACUUACCGAUUUGAUCAUUUUAUUUUAAACUAUUUUUGUGGCUAUCAGAAAAGCUUCUUCUGCUGUAGAGAAUAUGGGCAUGCUGUGGAGGGGUGUGACAAAGAACAGGGAAACAGAUAGGUAGUGAGUAAUUUAAUUUUUAAAAUGUGAUCAGAACCUUGACACUCCUGGCUCUGCUAUUAGCUGUAUUGAAAUAAUUCAACCCAGUGUAACACAUUUCAGGUCUUGGUCCAGCCGCCCAGUUCAGCCUCCUGCCUUUUAAAGGUUAAGAGGUGUUAAUAUUUUCCUUCUCAAUAUGAUAAACAUCUUUUUUAAAAAAUGUUUUCAGCACAAGGGUGCCACUGUCUUUGCAGUGUAUGACUCCUUUUAUUGGGAAUUUCCAGGCCAUGUCAGUAAGAGGAGGAAGGUGCUCAACUGGUUAACAGCCCCAUUAGUGUAUACACUGCUCUUGGAAAAAAGGGGGAAAAAAAGCUUUGACUAUAUCAAGAAUGGGCUGUUCCACAGACAUUCUCCUCAUUUUACUCAGGAGCAACCAUGCAUUAGGUUCUCACCAAAUAAAAUAAAUGUGAUCUUUUGUUCCCCGUCCCGUGUACGCACCCCAGAUGUGUGCCAGGCAGAUGAGAAUGGGGGCCCUUGGCAAUGAGAACAUGAAGCCAGUAACCAGAUGGAGGUGGACAUGCCGCUGACUACUAACAGUUGGCCUGAGCAGCCCUAACUUGUACUUGGCCUGUUAGUGUUAGAUUAACUAACAGAGUAAAUAAAAUUCAACUUUAAAAAGACACGCUACAUCUGCUAUCAUAAAGAAACAAAUCACCCAGAAAAAAACUUACAUUCUUUCUAUCAAUGCAUUACUUUUCUCAAGAACUUCUUUUUUAAAAUUAUGACUAGCAAAUUUCAUUUUUAAAGAAUCACUUAUAUUCCCCCAAACUCAGAAUGUUAAUAUAAAAGAAUUUAGUUUUUCUUUCUCAUUCUUUGUUUUUUAAUGGGGUGGGGGCAUCUCAACAAGUAAGAAGGACAAUAAGAGGCAGGGGCCAGAGAGACUGGAGGGCAUCACAGCUGUCCCAAAAGCCCAGGGAGUAAGGCAUACUCAGUAGAGGACUCGUGCCUGCCCUGUUUGAGAGUAGCUACAAAAAAAAAAGAGGUGAUGCGCUAGAAGUGCGUUCAAGAGAAAAGUCUGGCACAACCCUGCCCCGCAGUGGGUGAGACCAUUGAGAUGCAGUGCCCUGUCCAGCUCCCCAUGACAGGUGCAGCACCAAACCCCAGUCUGAGGAUGGAGGAAAGCAAGAACAGCUACGUGAAAUAGCUCAAGUGCCUUAGGGUCAGGAGAACCAAUAAGGCAUUUGUGGGGUGGCGGGGUCAGGUGGGAGGGGUUCUUACUCUCUUUGGAGUGGGAAGUGAUGCUGGAGUCCCUUAGGAAGCAAAAAGGUGUGAUGGCUCAACCUAGGUUAUAGCAAAGGCCGUGGUCAAACCUAGCUCUGACUGUGACAAGUGGAGUGGCAGUGAGGGGUAGCCAGCACGGAUCUGUUCUUUUCCAUCAUUAUUUUUGCUCGCCCCUGUAGCUAAGGUUGUAAUGCUACUCGGCUAAAGUUCUCUUGAUCAAGAUGUGUGCUCAUUUACCUUCCUACGAAGCAUCCCCAAGUAACUUCUCUGUUUUCACAUCUUCCCUCAAAGCUAAACAGUGUGCUGUAAUCUUAUUUAUGUCAGUAUUAAGGCCACAUCUGAUCUGUCCCAGACUCAUUUCCGUAUUUUCUAUAGUUGGAGAGUUGUUCACUGUAAAUGGUAAUUUUCAAUUAGUAUUAUGUAAAUCCAGCUGUAAAAUUGAGCAGUGAAUUAAUUUAUCAUCACUGUUGCCCAGACCCCCAUUCAUCCUUCUGUCAUCCUUAUAGCCCUCACGUCUGCACAAAGUGAUGUGUGUGGUCAUUUGGCAAUAGCUGGACAUCAAUACUGUCUUUUGGCAUUUGUUGAAAAAUCCAAAUGCCUAAUAACAGGGAGUUUUAAAAUAAGCAUUUUUACAAGUACACUGAAUUGGAUCAGCAUUAUUGUUCACUAUCGGUCUGUAUGUAUUUUUGGAGCAACAUACUAUUGUUGUCAUAAAACUAUCUUUAUUCUUCUUCUCUAAAA